CUGUGAAAUCUCGUAGCACAGCCGUUGAAUAAUAUGCAGACGAAAAAUAAUAUCUGCAUCGAUGCAGUUGUGCAAACAUAGGUUGUAAUAUAAGUCGAUGCAUAAUCGGUUGUUGCCUGUCUGGCAUCACAAGACUGGCACUCUGGCACAAGGGUAUUGAAAGACAAAAGAUGUCUCCGAUGUAUUCAAAGUCAAAUAUGAUGAUUAUAAUUCUCGCAGCUAUUUCGUUAUCAAACCUGUUCUUACUUGGAUCCGCCCAGGUCCUCUGCACAAAUCCCUUGGUAAUUGGAGAGCUGUGGAAUUUAAAGUCGAAGAGAUGCGUUGACAUAGGGGGGACCGAUGGAGAAGGGACUGUGCAAACCCACAAGUGCGAUGGGCGUGAAGACCAGCAGAUCAUUCUCUGUGGUGACGGCACGAUCCGCAAUGAGAGGUUGAAUUUCUGCUUCACUCCAAACGGAAAGGGCGAUGGCAAAGUCAAGUCAAAAAGAUGCAACCUUUACCCACAGAUCCCCAAGAAUCAGAGAUGGAGGUUGGGAAGAAAGAAAACAUUUCAUGACAAUGGUGGGAUCAAACAAGAAGCAAGAGAGAUCAUCAAUUUGAAAUCAGGCAAGUGCCUUGACGUGAAAGGAUCAGAUGGGACUGGCAAGAUCCAGAUGUAUAAAUGCGAAAACAAGAAUGAUCAGUACUUCUACUUCCGUUCCCGAGGUAAGCAAAUCGCCUUUGGAAGACUCAUAAACGAAAAGUCCCGAAGAUGCCUUGACGUAAGUGGUAGCGACGGUAAAGGAAACGUUAAUGUAAAAGAAUGUGAAGACAAGCAAGACCAAUGGUUCCGGUUCUACGAAAAUGGGGAAAUUGUCAAUGAGAAGUCCAAACGAUGUUUAGAUGUCAAAGGAGAUGAUGGUACAGGCAAUAUUCAGAUGUAUUACUGUCAAGACAAACGAGAUCAAAUGUGGUCUCAACCAAAAAAGCUGUGCAAUGACGGUUACUGCUCAUUUGUAAACAAGAGAUCCAAUAAAUGUUUGGAUGUUUCAGGAAAAGAUGGUAAAGGAAGUGUUAAAACUCAUGAUUGCGAAGGUUUGUCUGAUCAGCGAUUUAAAUGGGAAGCCGGGAAGUGGACACCUCCAACUGCAAAAUGGUUUUUGGUUGGCUGCAAUGAAAACGGACAGGUUUCUCAUUCAAUUGAAAAUUCAGUCACAUAUGAAUCCACAGUGACAAAGACUGUCACAAUAGAGGUAGCAUCUUCCAUUGAAUCGGACCUGAAGUUUGGUUCAGCCUCAGUGUCCACCACAGUUUCAACUUCCUUGUCAACUGCUUGGACAAAAAGCCAUUCUGAGACAAGUAGCAUCAACUUUGCUUGUGAGUUCUACGACAGUGGAGCCCAGUUCAAGGGAGGAUGUAUGUGGCAGCUGCAAGUUGACACUAAACAAGUAAGCACAGGAAAGUGGCUUACCUGGAAACCUCAGAUCGUCAGGUGUACGAGUUCUGACAAGGAACCUUCUUGUCCACCUUUCACAAAGUGUAGCAACAAAGGCUGUACGCGAUGCAAGUAGAUGUAGCUAAACUAUGAUCAAACUGUAGUGUUUUGCAAUUUUUCUGCAUUAAACUUUAUAUAAUUGAUCAGUUCAGUCAAGCUGCUAUAUGCUUGUAAACUUGCUUAUUAAUUCUCAUUCGCAUAAAUAGCUGCAUAUAGUAA